CCGACUGCCGCACGCCCGUUGUGCAUUGACCACGGGAGGGGCGAAUAUUUGGGCAAGGGCUUAAACCACUUAAACGCAGUUCACAGAGCCGCAGACCAGCGUUUGAAGACGAUGUCCGUCGCAGAGAGCGCCGAUGCCGAGAGGCAGCUAGCGGCUAACGAACUACGACGCAUGGGAUUCCGAGUUCCAUGCCUCAAGGGAACACCGACCACGGGCAAACAGGCAACAUCUGAUGGGUGGCCGCUCUUUGGUGUGGACAUCUUGCAGCAGCCACAGCAGUCCUCACACCUCGUGGCUGGACUAACGGUGCCCUGGUUUCUCGACGAGAGCCUGCGCGUGCUCAUUUCACAUGCAUCAACCGAAGGCAUCCUCCGCAAGUCUGGCUCACUCUCAAGACAGCGGCUGCUGAGGACCUCGCUGGAGAUGAGCGCCUCGCUGAGCAUCGCCUCGGUGGUUCUGGCAUCUGCGCCUGUGCACGAUGUGUCUGGCCUUCUGAAGCAGUGGCUGCAGCUGCUGCCCGAACCUCUACUGCCCAAGCCCCUUGUCCAGCUGCUGCUCAGGUGCCAAGUGAAGCAUGGCCUGGAGGCGGUGCUGCUUGGCCUUCGGAUCCUGCCGGAGGAGCGGCUGGCGUGCCUGCGCCACCUCCUGUCGGGCCUGUUGCAGUUGGCGGCCGACCCCUUGAACCGCAUGGGAGCGCACAACCUGGCCCUGGUGCUGGCACCCACACUGUGCUGUCCGUCAGCCGUACAGACGGCCAACAGGGAGGAUCUGGAACGCAUGGUCUCUCUGGUGGAGGUGUUGAUCGGUUCCUCUCACUUGGUGGGCUCCACCCCGCCACCGUUGCCUGGCCGCGAGGGCCGCCAGAAGACAAAGUCGGCAUGCCUGCUGCUGCACCAGCUGCGGCGCCUGGUGACUCAGCGCAAGGAGCCCGGAGGCGAGAUGGACGCCGUGGUGCCGGACUCCGCUGCCGCGCCCGUUCUGCCUGCUGGCUCAAAGCGUCGCAAGCCACGAGAGCUCCUGCCUCGCGGACUGUCGCCCUGGAAAAG